AUGUCUUGGCAGCACUACAAAGCGCUCAUGUACAAGGAUUGGAUCCUUUGGCGACGACGCACUCUAGGCUCAGUAUGUGAAGUUUUAUUCCCAGUAAUCGUAUUCCUCUUACUUGCAGUAAUCCGCGCAGGUUUAGGAUCAGAAGAAGUCGAUGCAGAAUCAUAUCUUUCUAACAUCGAGUACGUUAGACCGUCUACUUCUAACGCAGUAACUUACCCUUUUCCAGAAGGAGACUCAUUUAAGUGGUGCAGAGAAUACGUCGAAGAAGGCGAGUCAUGAAUGAUUGGCCUGGCCCCAAGAAAUGAAAUUAAUGAAUACCUCGAGACACAACUCGCUGCUCAUCCCAAUUUGCAAAAUGUAGAAAUCAGGUAUUUUGAAGACGAUGAUGAAAUCGAUGACUACGUUAGUGAUGAAGACUAUGAAGAUGGACCCAAGUUCUGCUUUGCAGUGGUUUUCGAAGAAGCUGAAGACAACUAUUACGAGUAUCACAUUAGGUUCAAUCAGUCUUACUCAAUACCAGAAGGCGGAGAACCUUUGGGAGACAUGAUCGACAUUUUCCAGCUCCACAUGUUUGAUGCCACCGAUGAACUAAUCAGAGAGCCAAAGCCAGAAUUCCAAAGAGACUUCAUGCACACUGGGUUUUUGCAGAUCCAGAACUAUGUAGAUAACUAUUUAUUACAGCAAAUCACAGGGGACGAAAACGCAUAUAUUGCACCAGCCUUUGUCCCAAUGUAUUAUGACGACUAUGUGGAUGAUGAUUUCAUUGAAAAUAUCCAAGAUAUUUUGCCAUUCUUUUUCAUCAUUUCGUUCUUGAUACCAGUCUGUAGGAACAUCGCACAGAUUGUGAUGGAGAAAGAGUACAGAAUCAAAGAAAUCAUGUGCAUUAUGGGAUUGUCAAAUAAAGCUUAUUGGCUCUCAUGGAUCACUUAUUAUUUCUUGGUGUACUUAGUGAUCUCAAUUUUGGCGACGAUCAUUAUGGGAUUUCAGAUAUUUACGUACAGCAAUAAGUUCAUAUUAUUUUUUACGUUCUUAUUGCUGGGCAUUUCCUGUAUCAGUUUUUCUGUACUCAUUUCUGUGUUCUUUUCUAGAGCUAAAGCUGCUUUAGCUUUAGGACUUAUGGUUUUCUUAGGGCUCUUCUUUGUAUUCUUUGCAGUAGAUGACCCUUACUUUGGCAGCACCCAAAAGCUUUUGGCUUCAUUUAUCCCUUCAGUAGCUUUUGGCCUUAGCACUGGGAUUCUUUGUGAGCUGGAAAAAGGUCAAGCAGGAGUACAAUUUGAUAAUAUAAAUGAAGACAUUUACAACUACAAGUACUCUAUCGCUCUUAUCAUGAUGGCCGUCGACUCAGUCAUCUUUUUCGCCUUGGCUUUGUACUUUGAGCAAGUAUGGCCUUCAGAAUGGGGCACAAAACGACCAUGGUAUUUCAUUUUCCAAAAAGACACAUGGGUUACCAGAAAAGAAGAAGAAAACCAAGAUGACGAUUUCCCUCAGGACGUUGAAUACAACGACACUGUAGAGCCAGUUGACUCUCUUCUUGAAAACCAAAAAACUUCAGGCAGAGCUAUGCUGGUAAGAAACUUAACUAAGAAAUUCAAUGGAAAUACAGCUGUAGAUGAACUCAACUUAGACAUCUACGAAGGACAGAUUUUUGCAUUACUGGGACACAAUGGAGCAGGAAAAACUACCACCAUUUCGAUGCUUACAGGACUUAUCCCAGCUACAUCUGGAGAUAUGAAGGUUAGAGGACUUCGCCUUUCAAAGGACUUAGACAAGUUAAGAAAGCUGUUUGGUGUUUGUCCACAACAAAAUGUGCUUUAUGGAGAAUUAACCCCAACUGAGCAUUUAUACCUUUUCUCUGUCUUCAAAGGUAUGAAAGAUAAAGCUCUGAUUGAGCAGAAAAUUGAAGAAAAACUCCAAGAAGUAGACUUGGUUCCUCACAAAGAAAAAUACUCAGACUUCUUAUCAGGCGGUCAAAAGAGAAAACUUUGUUUGGCAAUGGCACUUAUAGCUGACUCUCCAAUUGUGCUAUUAGAUGAGCCUACAUCAGGUAUGGACUUAACUGCAAGGCGUAACAUGUGAUAAUUAAAUAUGGCGUCUCAACUUGGGUCUGGCCUCUCGGCCAGACAGUUUCGAGCCCUAUUUAAUUAUAUCCGGCAAGGUUUUGCCUAGCUAGAGAUGGACAGCAAUAUCAGGUAAGCAAUUCUGUCAGUGUACAGAGCCUGAUCCCAGUCCGUUCUCGGGUUAGGAUUUUACCUCGAGAGAAGAGGAGGCUUGGAGUUGGAAAGGAGAAGCCCAGCAGCGCCUACAGGUAAUCCCUAGGCCAUUCGGGCAAAUCUCUAGCGAGAAACCGGGAGUUUCGCCCCGGGCUACAAGUUUUCCUCUUUUGCCGAGAGUCGGCCAGAAAUUCCAUUUUUUUGGAAUUUCCCAGCAGACAACCCUCGUUACAGAGAAAGUAGCUCAAUCAUGAGCCGUCGAAGCCGGAACAUCGCGCAGGAGGCGCGCGUUGGAGAUCAAAGCUAGCUGUCCCAGCAACUAGUGGGCCCCGAGCGACGAGAGCGUGGUGGUAGUCCUGGAAGAGCAACCCCGUAGGAGACGUUAAAAUUGAUGGUUAAUAAGUUAAGUUAAGCAAGGCGUAACAUGUGGGAAAUGCUUAAAAAGAACAAGUCAUCAAGAAUUGUGAUCCUCACCACACAUUAUAUGCAAGAAGCUGACAUUUUAGCUGACAGAAUCGCAAUCCUCUCAAACGGAAAGCUUAGAUGCUGCGGCUCCUCACUGUUCUUAAAAGGGAGAUAUGGAGUUGGGUAUUACCUUACCCUUGUAAAAGAGGUUGACGUAGCUAGUCCUGAGCACAGCCAAAUGAUCACUGACUUUGUGACUUCCUUUAUCCCAGCAGCAGUCAAAGCAAGUGAUGUCCAUGCUGAAAUUGCUUUCAGACUUCCUAUUGGAAGUGCGACCAAAUUCGAAGAGUUCUUCCAAGCUCUUGAUAGCAGAAAAGGAGAACUGAAGAUCAGGUCGUAUGGAGUCUCUGUCACAACACUUGAAGAAGUUUUCAUUAGAGUUGCCAGAGGUGACAAUGAGCUCAAAGAGAUGGGAGACCAGUCUUAUAAGAGCGAAAAAGAGCUGGGCAAAGAUAAAGAUAAAGAAAAAGAGUUCAAAGAUGAAGGAGACGAAACAAUGAUGGGAGAUGAACAACAGCUGAUUGAAACAGAAAGAGAAACUAAAGGACUGUUCGGUAGACAUAUGAAGUGUCUUUUGAGAAAAAGGUAUCUGUGGACUAAGAGAGACUGGAGAAUCUUUGUAUUCGAGUUGCUUGUCCCUGCAUUACUUGUCCUGGUUGGACUUGUGUUCAUGCUUGUCGCAGAAAGGUUCAUUGACCAAGAUCCUUAUGAAUUGGCCAUUGACCAGUAUGAAACUCCACAGAAUGUAUUGUACCCAGAGUCUACUGAAGUGGUAGAACAAAUCAUGCAGCUUAUGGAUGAGGAUGAAGAUAUUGAGAUCAAGGACAUUGAAGUUGAUGACAUUGAACAGUUCGAUUAUGAAGUAUUUGACGACAGAGACAGAGAUCCUUACAGAAUGGGUGCUUAUUACUUCUAUCUGAUGAGUUCAACUGAUAACCAAUAUGAGCCAGUUGUUUUCCACAAUCAAAGUGCCUUCCAGUCUGUGCCUACUUAUUAUCAACUAAUGUCAAAUACCAUUCUUCAGACCUUGAAUCCAGAUAUUGAAGUUGUCGUUUACAAUGCUCCUUUCGACUGGACUAAAAGUGUACUCGAAAAUGCAUCUGUAGGAGACGGUGUGAUUUCUUGCUUAAUCUUUGGUUUAGCCUUCGCAUUCGUCCCAGCAGGCAUUGCAUCUUAUAUUGUCAGAGAAAGAGAAACAAGUGUAAAACACCAGCAUAUGAUUACUGGCAUCUCACUUUGGGCGUACUGGAUUUCCAACUAUUUGUGUGACAUAGUCAAAUAUGCAGCAGUAUAUCUAGUCACAUUGCUAUUUAUCUGGAUCUUCCAAGUCGACAUUUUCACUGAUGAAAGUGAUGACUUUGCCUGUGUCGCUUUACUUUUAGGUUUGUAUGGCCUUGCCGUCAUAUUAUUCACCUACUCGACAAGUUUCUUAUUUGAUGACUACUCAUCAGCUCAACUGACAAACAUUGUUUUCCACUUCUUGACUGGAAGCUUAUUCCCAAUUCUUUGCUUCCUCCUCUAUCUUUUUGAUGAUACCAGAGAUGUUUCAAAGACUGUCGUCUGGAUAUUAAGACUCCUUCCAAAUUUCUGUGUAGGUAAUGGCUUUUUGUACCUUGGAUCUGCUUCAAUUAGAUCAGAUCUAAAUGGAGAUGACAAGUAUGAGCCAUUUUCAUUAGAUAACGCCUUUGCAGACUGCAUUAUGCUGAUGGUUGACGUAUUAGUUUACUUUAUAGUGCUUAUUUUGGCUGAAGCUUUUGAGUCAAACCCAUCUCUUAGAAAACUGAUCUCAAGAGUUGACAAAGGCACUCCUGGGGAGUAUGAGAAAGAUGAAGAUGUAGAAGCUGAAAAAGAAGCUGCCUUAAAUACUGAUCCAAAAGAAGUCCAGGUUAAUGUCCGACAAUUAAGAAAAGUGUACAAAGGAACCAAAGGAAAUAGAAUAACUGCUGUUGAAGAUGUCAGCUUUAACGUUCCUAAAUGCCAAUGCUUCGCUUUAUUAGGUGUCAAUGGAGCUGGAAAAACUACAACCUUCAAAAUGCUUACGGGAGAAAUCGCACCUACUGAUGGUGAAGCUUAUUUGAGUAGUUUCAGCGUUCUAACUUCGCUCUCUGCAAGCAAGGAAAAAAAAUUUUUGAUGUUUUAAUUUUGUAAAAAAUAUUUAAUAUGCAAGUAAUAAUUAUUAAAAAUCUCAAAGCCAAUUCUAUUUAUUUUAUAUGUAACUUUCAUUCUUUAUGUAAUAUUAUAAUUAAAUUAAAAUUAUUUUAAAAUAUUUGCAAAUAAAUAUUUUUGAAAUUUGAAAAUAAAAUUAACAAAAAAUGAAAUGUCUUUAUGAGAGUAAACAAUUUAGACAGGGCAAGAGAGAAUAUUGGGUACUGCCCACAAUUUGAUGCUCUAAGUGAGCUUUUAACUUGCAUGGAGCACAUCAAGUUCUAUGCAGAGGUUAAAGGCAUCAAUAAGAACAAAAUUGAUAAGCUUGCUAAAUCCCCCCUUUAAGAGUGAGCAAGAGAUUCUUACUCAAUUUUAAAGCGGGCUAUUUUUUUAAAAAAAAAAUAAUCUAUUAUAAUUUAAAAAAACAAAAUUUCAGAAUAUAAUAAAUAUAGUUAGAUCUUUUUAUGGCAGCUAUUAAUUAUGCUCUACAAACAAUUUGCUCUUAAAGGUUAAUUUUCCUAAAAUUAGGAUUUUUCCAAUGGUUUUGCUCAUACUAAAAUAAGAAGUAAGGACCUUUUAAGAGAGCUUGAUCUUGUAAAAUACACAGACUAUCAAGCUGGUACACUAAGUGGUGGAAAUAAAAGAAAGCUGCAAGUUGCUAUUGCGCUGAUUGGAAACCCUACAGUUGUGUUCUUAGAUGAACCAUCUGCAGGUAUGGAUCCUGAAACUCGUAAAAAGCUUUGGAGUGUUCUAGGAGAUAUCAAAAAGCGUGAUUCAGCAGUCGUACUCACAACUCACUCUAUGGAAGAAGCUGAAGCCCUUAGCGAUAGACUUGCCAUCAUGGUAGGAGGAAGACUCAGAUGCAUUGGAACUUCUACUUAUCUGAGAAAUAAAUUCGGGCAAGGCUAUGAGCUUGAAGUCAAAUUAUCCAUUCCUAAGCGUGAAAAUGUCCAGAGAAAGAGUGAAAAAUUGAACUCUGUUAUAGGAGAAGAGCUGUUAAUUAAGCAAAACCAAGUUAAAGCUUGUCUUGAAGCUUUAGACAGUGCUGAUUUAUAUGAAGAAAUCAGCGAAAGAGGCUCUGGAUCAGGACUUUACCAACAGAUACUGAGUGAUGGCUGGAUCCCAAGAGAAGCUUUAGUCUCCUGGACGAUCGUCGAAAGAAGAGGAGACAACGUCAUGCAGUGGCUAAAAUCUGAAUUCAAAGAUGUCGCCAUGCUUGAGCACUAUAUGACCCUUUACAAAUAUAAGAUAGGAAAGCAAGACGAUAAAACUAUUGGAUAUCUUUUCAGUUCUGUUGAGAAGAAAAAGAAAGAGCUCAAGAUUUCUGAAUAUGCCUUGAGCCAAACAACCCUUGACCAAAUUUUCACUACCUUUGCAAUGAUGGGAGAAAUUGAAGCUUCAGGUCUAUAAUUAAAAAUAUGGCGUCUUCGUCUGGGCAUGGCCUCCCGGCCAUGCAGCCUCGACUCAUAUUUUAAUUAUAUCCGGCAAGGUUUUACCAUUUCAGAGAUGGACAGCAAUGCUAGGUAAGCAAUUCUGGUAGCUUUCAGAGCCUAGCCCAAGUCUAUUCUCAGGGGUGGAUUUUUCCUCGUGGGGAAGGAGGGUGCAAGGUUGGAAAGGGGAAGCCCAGCAAAGUCCUCUGGACCAUUCGGGCAACUCCCUAGCGUGAAACUGGGCGUUACGUCCCAGGCUUUGCAUUUUUCCUUUUUGCCGAUAGCCGACCAGAAAAAUCCAUUUUUUGGGUUUUUUCGGAAAAGCAACCCAUGUAACAAGCAAGUAGCUCAUCCAUGAGCCGUCGAAGACGUGGACAUUUGCCCUGGAAGCACCCUGGUGAUCGAAGCGAGUUUGUCUCCAGCAGACUGGUGGGCCCGAUGCGACGAAAGGCGAGUGAUAAACCUGGAGUUGUAACCCCGUAGUGGACGUUAAGCGAUAUAAAUUCUAAUGUAAUGUAAUGAAGCUUCAGGUCUAAAGAAGAGAAGGACCACUGUCCCACCUGUGAGUAAUGAAGAAAAACCUUAA